AUGCUAGAUUUAAAGCCUUAUCAUCUCCUCUUCACCUUGCUUCUCUUUGGUAUUUUCUCCACCAAUCAUGCCUGCAACCAAAUAGACCGCGACUCUCUCUCGUCCUUAGCCUUCAACCGUAUGUCUUCUCCUCCACUAAAUUGGUCUUCCAUUGAUUGUUGCCAGUGGGAGGGCAUUUCUUGUGAUCGUAAAAGUCGAGUCAACCAUAUUUGGUUACCUUCUAAAGGCCUCUGUGGCAGUAUAUCUCUCUAUCUCGGAAACCUCACACGUCUCUCCCACCUUAAUCUCUCCCACAAUUCACUUUUGGGUCCUCUCCCUAAGGGAUUGUUUUCGUCCUUGAAUCAACUCAAGGUCAUUGAUUUGAGCUACAACCAUCUAUUUGGAGAUAUAUUUGGUUGGCCUGCCUCCCUUCAAAUUGUUGACAUAUCUAGCAAUCAAUUUGGUGAGACAAUCCAAUCUUCAUUCAUUCAAAGAGCAUGGAGGUUGAUCGAGCUCAACGUCAGCAACAAUAGUUUCAUGGGCCCUAUUCCUUCCUUUCCUUGCUUCAAUUCGUCAUUUGUUAGUCUCCUCGAUUUCUCGCAUAAUCUUCAUAGUGGCCAUAUUCCUAGUGGACUAGGGGCAUGUUCUAAACUCAAGGUUUUCCGGGCAGGUUUUAACUCUCUCUCAGGUAUGCUUCCUAAUGAUAUAUACAAUGCGACAGGAUUAGAAGAAAUCUCCUUACCUUCCAAUGACCUUUCAGGACCCAUUAGCAGUGACAUUGUGAACCUUGCCAAACUCACCAACCUAGAGUUAUAUAGCAAUAAAUUGAGUGGCAAGCUCCCUUGGAAUAUUGGAAUGCUCUCUAAAUUAAAGCACAUAAUCCUUCAUACAAACUCCUUAACAAGUUCUCUGCCUCAAUCUUUGAUGAAUUGCACAAAUCUCACACAACUAAUUUUACGGAUGAAUUUCUUUGAGGGAGACCUCACUUUCUUUAAUUUCUCCAGUCUUCAUCAACUUACCAUAAUUGACCUUGGGGCCAAUAACUUCUCAGGUAACUUGCCAAUAAGUCUCUACUCAUGUAAGUCCCUAAUUGCGAUUCGUCUAGCCCGAAACCGACUAAAGGGACAAAUCCAACCCGAGGUGCUUCAAUUGAACUUCUUAUCUUUCCUUUCUCUUGCUUACAAUAGGCUAACCAAUAUCACAAAUACAAUUGAGAUUCUGAUGCAUAGCAAGACACUCACAAUAGUCCUCCUUGGAAGAAAUUUUCUACAUGAGGCAAUGCCAGGUGAUGACACUAUAGUUAGUUCGGGUGGAUUUGAAAAUCUCCGAAUUUUGAGUCUUAGUGAAUCCCAACUGACUAGUCAAUUGCCUAUAUGGCUUUCCAAGCUCAAGAAGGUACAAGUCUUGAAUCUAUAUUCCAAUUGUUUCAUUGGCUCAAUUCCUAGUUGGUUGUCGACCCUUCCAAGGCUCUUCCAAUUAGACUUAUCUGAUAACCAUAUUUCAGGUGAAUUCCCAAAAGAACUUUGUGCAUUACCAUCGUUAGUGUCACCAAAGGCUUUUGUAAACAGCAGUUAUUUGGAUUUACCAAUUUUUGUCACAGUAGCAACUACUACCCAGUACAUUAAUUUUAUCUCAAACCUUCGACCAGCAAUAUUAGUUGGAUACAACAAUCUUAGUGGCAACAUCCCAAUUGAGAUUAGCAAUUCAAAGAUGCUUCAUUAUCUGAACCUCAGUCAUAACAACUUCUCAGGCAACAUUCCAAAGCAACUGUCUCAGCUCACGAACUUAGAAGGGUUGGACCUCUCUUCAAAUCAAUUGUCUGGCGAAAUUCCAACAUCACUAAGCAGUCUAAAUUUCUUGUCCCAUUUUAGUGUUGCAAACAACAAUUUGCAUGGACCAAUACCAUCAGGCACUCAGCUCCAGAGCUUUAAUACCUCUGCAUAUGAAGGCAAUCUUGAACUUUGUGGCCCGCCACUUCCACAUGAGUGCACCCAUAUUGUUAGCAACAACAAAGGCAAUAUUGAGGAUGAGGACAACAAGUCUCGAAUCCCAUGGUUUCAAGUUAUUGUGGUUCUUGGCUUCAUUACAGGUUUUUGGGGAGUUUGUGGUCCAUUACUUUAUAGCUAUAAGUGGAGAGUUGCUUAUUUCCAAUUUAUGGACAGCAUAAAAGAUAGGUGUAUAAUCUUAUUUUUAAAAAUUGCAGAUUGGUCGUUUUAG